GCUACUUCAUCGACGGCGACAAUAGCUAAAUUGCAGCUAUAUGAGACAGCGAUUUCGACGUGCUACUAGUAGCUCUGGACUAUGUGUCACUUAAAUCAGACCACUUGCUUAUUUUAUUAAGCAAUGUAUCCGUCUUCUCCACGGACCCAGGAGAUAAACAAGAUAUAUAAAGGGUAAAGACCUUUGCAACUUAGCUUUACUGACUGUAAAAUCAAAUCAAUCUAGCAGAUCGAGAUAAACCUCUUCAUCCAACAAAAUGCCUUCCAUCAGUCAGACCCUCCCUGUCCUCGCCAUGAUGGCGUUCAACGGCGCAAAUGCCGCCAUGGGCCCUGCUUUCAGCACUGGUCCUGUUUCCGAUGACACUUUUAUCCGCGAGGCCACUUCCACUCUGCACCUGCCCAAGGCUCCUAGUGGAUCCUCUGGUGAUGCUUCUCUCUGGGUUGGAAUGGGUACUUCCAAUGGUGAUUUGAUCCAGUCAAUCGCCGAUAACUGGCAGUCGGAUGACUGGAGUAUCUAUGCUUAUACGCUCCUGAGUACUGGAGCAAACACGCAGAUGCCCGUAGAGGGCGACUCCUCUUCUGCCUCUGCUGGAGAUGCGGUUACUAUGCACUACAAGUUCGAUGGCAGCACCGGAAACUACACGCAGACUGUUCUUGUGAACGGCAAGACGGUCUCGACACUCUCCACCAGCGACGGCAAAGCCCAGGGCUGGGGCAGCUCCGUCGAGUGCGCCGAAGACAACUGCGGCACUGUUGGUGCUCACUCGUGGACCAACACCACCAUUAUCCUGGACACUGCCGAUCCCAACUACAUCAACACCAUGGCCAAGGGCGAGGGUGUCACCGGAGACAUGACGACCAGCGAUAAUGGCAAGACCUGGACUGUUAGCACCAUCAAGAUUCCUGAGUUCUCCUUCGGACAGUCUUCGUGAGACGUCGAAUCGGAGUCUGCAUAGACAGUAGACUUUGUGGGUAAUAUACACUUGUUGUACU